UUGAGCUAAAGAAGCAAAUUCCAACCAGCCUUUCACUCCAUCAAUGAGAAGCCCGUACCACCUCCAUUUAGACCUGCUAUGGUCCAGAAAUCAGCCACCCAAUACCUGCUCCUGAGCGCACCUCCAACAAGGGACGAAAAUUCAUAAAUGAGAUCGGUACUAGAUCCCACAAUAAGCCAAAAACAGUUACAGGGUGUAGGACAUAGCUAGGACUCAGUAACUCUAGUAAAACCACGAGUACACCACCAUAAGCCCCAAAAUCAGUUGGGAAAGAAGCCAAAGAAACUCAGAGUACAUGCUCUGCAGAGCUGCAGAGUAACGCAGCCAGCUGCAUAGCUUGUGGAGUCUUUUUUCCAGCCAACACUCAGUUUUGCAGCUUUCAGUUACAAGAAAUGUGUAUAUAUACACAUGCUGAACCUCUCGGUUCCACCCCCACACACCACACAAAUACGUUCAGCAAGACAAAGGUUGGGGAUUGCGAAGGAUCGAGCAGGAGUAAGGAGCAGCCUCACUCAUCAGUCACAAGAGAAAGUAGAAUUAAAAAGAAUGAAGAAACAAUCUGAUCUUCGAAAUAUGUUCAAAAGAAUGAAAUCUCAUGAUAGUUCAAGUUCUUCGGCUCCAAAUGAUAAUGCGUCUCCUUCAAAUGCUAGUGCGUCUCUGGCUCCUCCCAUUGUUACCGUGACUCCUUCAAAUGUUAGUGUGGCUCACUUGAACAAGGUAAUCUCAUUUUGCAAUAAUCAUGGCAUUGUUGUUCCAGAUUUGAAAGCUUGUUAUGUGCCUCAUGGAAGAUCAAAGCGUUUUGUUCAACAAGUUUCCUAUCGUCAUCAUUUUCGCAUUGAUGUGUUUAUAGAGGUAAUUGAUUUAUUACUUCAAGAAUUUGACAAUCGAUUUGAUGAAGUCAAUAUGGAGUUGAUCAGAUGCAUGGCUUGCUUUAGUCCUAGAGAUGGCUUCUCUUCUUCUGACAAAGAAAGUGUACUCAAACUUGCAACAUUUUAUCCUUCUGAUUUUUCAAGUAUUGAUUUGAGGUCUCUUGAUUGUCAACUUGAUAUAUUCAUGGAGGAUAUGAGAAGAGAUAAUGACUUUCAGAAUUUGCAAGAUCUUAGUUCUCUUUCAAUGAAGCUUGUUGAAACAAAGAGGGAUGUGGCUUACCCCUUUGUCUUUUUGCUUAUCAAGUUGAUUUUGAUUGUAAAUUCUGGAAUGGCGUUUGUGAAGAAUAAAUUGCGAAAUAGAAUUGGUGAUAAACAUUUGAAUGAUUGUUUGGUGACUUUCAUUGAGAAAGAAAUGUUUCUACAAGUCUCUGAUGAUGAUAUAUCACAUCGCUUUGAGGAAAUGAAGACUCGUAGAAAAAUAAAUUAG